AUGGAAGGCUACGACGAAGUCAGCUUCUCGCAACAAUAUACGGUAGUUAGAAAAUACGCGACCGAAUCAUCGCGGCGACGAUCGUUUGAAGAAUGGCCAAUAGGUUUGAAGCAAACGGCAGAGCGAAUGGUUGAAGCUGGUUUUUAUUAUACCGGUUAUUCUGACAAGGUCAUUUGUUUUUCCUGCGGAGGUGGGCUCAGCAAGUGGGAGAAGGAUGAUGACCCAUGAGAGCAGCAAUCUCUUUAUUACGGUGACUGCGAUUAUGUGGUCCUCAUCAAAGGCGAGUCAUAUCACGACGAGGUGGUGGCAACACUUGCAGCCAGGCGCAUAGCCGAAGAAAAUGGUCAAAAUUUGCCAUUCAGUGCCGCACCGAGCAGCACAGUAUCGACCAGCGCAGCGUUGUCUACAUCGCCAACAACCGAUUGUGACGAGCCAGAGCAACCAAGGCCAUGCAAAAUCUGCUUCGACAUUGAUUGCAAUUGUGUCUUCAUACCAUGUGGGCAUAUAAUCAUUUGUGUUAAAUGUGCUUUUGCUGUUAAA